CUUCGAAGGCAGCGGUCGCGUCGUGCUCUUCAGCUUUCAUUGUGAGAGAAAUGCAAAUACCAGAAAUUCAAUAUUGAACGCGAGCUGAGAGAAAAGAAAAGUGUGAGACGUGUUUGGAAAAUCGAAUCGAAUUUCGUACGGCAUCCUCAACGGAAAUCGCAACAACGGUAAUUGGUGUGUGUGCGCUCGGUCUCUUUCACUCCCCGUGAGUGUGCCUCUGUGAACUUUAUUGGUUUUUUAUACUUACUUAAAUAACCAUCCAAUUGUGGAAUACUUGGGACACCACUGUCAAGGAUAUCAGCCAGUUUGGGGGCAAACAAAAUGGAAGGCAGUAGCAACAUAAGGUUGCUGCUGGCACUAGUGUUGCUGCUUGGUGCAGCAGUAACAUCUAGCGGAGAGUCCACCACGGAGACUCCUUCGGCCUUGUUGCCAUUGGAGGCAAGAAGUGCUGAUGUUUCGGGAGAAGAAGAUGUCAUUUCCACCAGCUAUGUGUUGCCCAAUCAGAUUUUCAACGAGGGAAAACCUUACUAUGCUCGCCAAGAUCCCGUCUCGGGUCAGCUAGACUUCAGUGCCAAGAAACCAGCUGGAAUCCAGCCGGAGGCCAAUGAGGUGGUAGAUCCAAACGAGAAGAUCGUGCUUAGCGGUGGCAGUUCACCCAACAUACAUGACUUUUUGAACUUGCCCGUCAAGUACUCUUCUUCAAAGUUCGUUUAUCCUCUGGUCUCCAGUUCAUAUGCCAACCUGAAGUACCAGGGCAGCAACAAGAAUUACAUCACCAACAAGAAACCAACUUCAGUGGUUGCCCCAGUCACACCCCCACCGCCAAACUAUCAUAGCUCGAACUACUUCACGGUUCCAACUACAAAGCUAACCGCUGUGACACCCACGGCGGGAGCUUACUACCCAAGUAAUCCCACUACCACUAGCACCACAACUUCUACAACUACAACUACUACAACUACCACUACUCGGGGAACUUUGCCGCCUUCGAGGAGACCAGUUACCACCACCACCACCACGGAGGCACCAAGUCCGGCUGCCAAGUAUACCACUACCUCAAGGCGGCCCAUUCCAUUGCAGACGGUCUCCACAACUGCACCACCACAACGCACAAGCACAACCCGCAAGAAGUUUGUGCCUACCAAGAAGUAUAGUCCGACAGUACCCAGCACAAGUGGAAGACCAACAGUUAGUCAGGAGGAGCAGCGUCCGGUGAAGGCAUCGCCCAGACCCACGCCCAGCAGCAACGAUGUGGCACUCACCACCCACCAUGCCACGCCACAGGCGGCCAUUUUCCCAACAGAGCCCACCACAACCACCAAGAUGUACACCACCUCGAGCACAAGUCCACCUGUUGUGUUCACCGAAGGACCCACACCCCCGCCCGCCUUUAGUCCCAUUCCGGGAACUGGUAUUCCCAACCUGGAUCCAGCCGAUGUUUACCACACACUGGGGCAGAAGAACACACAAGCUGAAGAACAGCAACAGCAGCAAUUGGAUAGGCAGCAGCAGAUGCAGCAGCAACAGAAAAUACAGCAGCAGCAGUAUCAAGAGCAGCAGCAACAGCUAUAUCAACAGCAACAAUAUCAGCUGCAACUGGAGAAGCAACAACUGGAAAAGCAAAAGCAUCCAUACCAGCAGCAACUGGAAAAGCAGCAGCAGCAACAUCAGCAGCAACAACAACAUCAGCAGCAACAGCAACAUCAGCAGCAGCAACAACAUCAGCAGCAGCAACAUCAACCUCAACCGCCAACUCAGCAGCAGCAACCGACUCCUCCAAAAUCACCCAUGACCCUUAGCGAUAUAUUCAACAGCCUGGCUGAAGAAGAAUCCAAUGUGGCACAAAACUACCAGCAGAACCAAGGAUUCGAUGCCCAAGGCAACCUCAUUCAGCCUAUUGCACCCUCCAAACCAUCUCCCUUCGCUAUGCAACACCAAGCUCCACAACAGCCAGGACCUCAACAGCAAGGACCACAGCACCCGGGACCACAGCAAUUAGGACCCCAGAAAUCAGGACCACAACAGCGACCCAACCCUAAUGAACAGAAGGUAAUCUCUGGCAGUCAGGAGAAUUAUAGCAAUGAGUACGUCUCCUAUCAAGUGCAGCAGCCAAACAUGAUGCAAUACCGACCAGUCCCGGGCCAGAUCAACAACGUGGUCAUCUCUCCGGGCCAGCAGUCAGCUUCUUUUGUUCUCGGCAGUCAGGUGCAACAGGUUAGUGUGGGACACCCAAGCAUUGAGAAGGAACCACUAUUUGCCAAGGAUACGCCAGGGGUGCAAUAUGGUCAGGUGAUCAACGAGGAUAUCGGCAACAUUAAGAGACCCCUUAAGGAACCAGUGCCCCCGAACUAUCAACAGAUGCCCAGCAUCCAGCCCAACUCAAACUUCCAUCAGAACGGAAAUGUGGCGACAUCGGGAGCACCAGGUACGGUUUCGUACCAAGAGCCACCACCAGAGGCACCAAGCCCAUAUCAACAACUGCCCCUGAUUGGAUCCAACAAGCGACCAUCAAAGAAACCAAUGGUGAAGCCUGAGCAGCCUCCUCAUGCCUACCCGCCUCCACAAUCUUCAACCCCACCUCAAGUGCAGCCUACACAACCAGCUCUGGUUCAGCAAGGAGAUGACACCAAGGAGCUUUUGGUCUCGACCAACAUUCGUUUCCCUGCUCAGGGAGAAGAGUCACUUGAACUAUCCUCAUCCGCUGUUAUGCAGGGUCCUCCGUCUGGACCCCACAUCAAUGGCCACGCUCAACCUCUAAGUCUACAACAAAUUCAGAACUCCAAUCCCGUGGUUUUCCCCAAAGCCCAGGAUGAAGCCAUUCCUGGCGGAGCAAAUGUCCAGAUCCAGCAGCAUGAAGUGCUCAACCUGAGUCAGCAGAAACCACCAUUGAAAUUCCCUGCCCAGCAACCAGGACUUGGCGAACAACCUUCCCUGGACAUGGAACCACCUCCGCGUUAUCCAACCACUCUACCAGUGCCCCAUGCGCCACCAACUCCUGGCAAGCGACCACUUGGUCCAUCACCACCGUCAAACUUCUAUAAUGAGUUCAACCGCAAGCCACAGAACGGACCGCGUCCCAGCAACCUGCCGAACAUUUUGCCUCAAUUCCGUCCGAAUGCUAAAAUCUCCAGCGGACAUCCUCCGGUCUUGAAGCAAGAACCAGGCAAUAUUCGUCUACCCCAGCAAGGCGGUCCCGGUCCUAAGCGUCCGUAUAAUCCCUCAGUGCCACCCCAGUUUCAGCAUCGUCGCCAGCCUUUGCACCAACAGCAGCAGAUGAUGCAGAAGCGCUAUCCCAUGAAUCGCAUUUCAGAGUAUCCCGUGGGCCCCAGUCCAGGAGGCGAUGUUAACAGGAGAGUUUACAGGCUGCCCCCGUAUGGAGGUCAAAAUGUGCCCUACCUACCCGAUCACAUGUAUCCCCGUCGACCCCAUGGACCUGGUCCAUUAAGAUCCGUUGAUGGCUAUCCUGCUGAGCGACAUGCCCCCUCAGCUGAACCCUACAAGACCAUAGAUGCCGAGGCAGCUGCUGACUUCGAGGAGGAGGAUCUGGUGAUUAACGAUCCGCCACAGCCUGUAACUCCCGGCAAAGAUCGCAAGGGAUUGGAGGAGACAAAACUGGAGCCAGUUGUUACCCUUCAAAUGUUGCAGUCCCAGAAGAAGGCUGUGAGCCUUCCUGGCGAUGAUACGGGGGCGGGAGAGAUUCAGGUCACAGCCGAUAACGAUCCCCAGGAGGCUGAGGCCUCCAAGCUCAACCAGCAAAAGUUGGAUCCCAGUGGAAUGUACGUAGUCUUCCCGAUGAAGGGUGCAGAAAAGAGUCAGAGCGAAGGAGAGGCACCAUCAGCUCCUGCCGAAUACCAGAACACUCCGUUCUCGGUGAUCCGUGAUCAGCCCCAGGAGCCGAUUCUAAAGAACAAGAAGCCACAGUCACUGCAGCAGCAGAGCAAGGCUCAGCAAGUGCCUAAGGAGAAAUUCCCCUAUCCCAUCGAAAAGCCAGACCCAUCUUAUUCCGAGCUUCACCCCGAUUCACAGGCUGCUGUUCCGGGAGUUCUCGUGGCUCCAAGGAUCAUUACCGGAGCUCUGGGCACCGGCACAGAAACACCAAUCGCCAUUGCCUACACCCCGACGGAACCGAAUCCUUUCCGCCAUGAACAGGGACAGAAAUUCUCUAACAUCAAUCUAGCCACUUCGGUGAUUAAUGAAAUCCGACAGGAUACCCAGACAGAGGAGGGUCUGAGCAGUGAUUUCGAUCUGCGGGGUCAGAAUUUCGAGAAGGACUUUAUGGCACCCUUUUAUCCAAGUGUGAGUCUAGGUAGUGCCAGUGGAGCAGCAGCAGUAAAUCCUGCAGCGCCGAGUAACUGGAACAUUGUGCCCUCAACCACGGAUCAGGCACUCUAUGAGAAGAACAACAUCAACCGCGCCGAUGUGGACACCACAGAGGAAAAGAAACCGAAGGAAGAGCAACCUACAGCCAGUCCGUUGACAGGCGAGAAACCUUCUGAGAUGGAUAGCUUCCAGCCACAACUUCAGGGUGGUUUCCAACCCAUUUAUCCACCAGGUUACAAGCAUGUCGAGCAGAUUGAGCAGGAGGAGAUCGCUGUAGCGAAGAAUGCUGCCCAAGAUCAGCCCAUCGCUUUACCAUUGGUAGGCACCACUGCAAAGCCUUUGACUUCAACCUCACCAAUCAGUAGCAGUAGCAGUUCCACCUCCACAUCCUCUACCACAUCCACGACUUCAACUACUCACCAGCCUGGUAUCGCAAAAUUGGAUGGCACACUAGCAACCACUAAGGCGCCGAUUGUCAGUACGAAGCCCACUCAGCGCAAGAAGUCCACCUUUGAGACGAGCCUGGCGGCCCUGCUCUUCGGAGACGAGGAUGAGGAGGAUGGCGCACGCAAAUCUGCAGAGCUGCCAAAGGCCCAAGCAGGACCCAGGAAUGUUCCCCGCAUGGGUCCCCGAAGUCUGACGUUGAGCUAAACGGGUGCAAUGAGCACCAAAAUCUAGUAUAGUCCAAUUUUAGUUCGUAUUAUUUAUUCAAAGUUUAUGAGACAGCAGGGAGAUGCCCCGCUUAGAGGUAGACCAUGUGGUAAUCUAGUUCUGUUCUACAGCUUAUAGUUAGUAAGCUCACCAUCCAGAUAUAAAGACCGUCGCCUCCAACGAAACAACACAACCCACGAUCCCAGCGACUUUUGCGAGUCUGAUUUGAAAUGCGAAUCUUGUGAACUUUCUCAUUGGACUCCCGAAUCGUCGGCAAUGAGAUAAACGCUUUUUUGUAUUCAAUUUAACAAAAACAAACCUAAAAUAGUACUCACAAUUUACCAGAUUAUUGUACCAUAGAAAACCAUACAAAAUAAAUAUAAAUUCUGAUAUGAUAA